CACUUUUUGCACGCGAAACCAUUGAGCCAUUGAAAAGGUCAACGGUAGUACUCUAGGUACCAGGUCACCAAGCAACCGCGCAAUGUUUGCAACACACAUACAGGCUUGUGAUUGAAAGCAUUCUCUUGCAUCUCAUGAUUUCCACUCGAAGCAUCAUCAGCACCAAAACCAUUAUUUCAGCACCUCCAUCCACUUCUCUCCCUCUGCAUCACCACCUCGAUUCAGCAGCAGAAUCACCAUGGAUUCUGAUGAUUCCAAACCGCUUCUGCCCCGCACUCCCGGGACGCCAAGAACCAGAGAGCGGAACUACAUGAUCAUCGUCUUGUUGUUCACCCUCUUGACUGUAUUGUUUCCUUCCGAUUUUGUGAAGUAUUCGGAUGUGAACGUCAUUUUCGGUGUAACCUCUUCCAUCAGCCUUACGAUGGAGGAGACCGGCUCUCGAAACCUCAGUACUUCCACUUCCACCACAAGAAGUCUUUCCGCCGCCGCUAGGAGCAACGAUACUCUACUAGUAGGCAAUUCCACAAACUCUACUAGCAAGACCGUCUCGCUGGUCACAAGUUUCUGGGCUCAGGCACCAGAGGAGCCCAUCAGUCUACAUCGACGAGAAAUUGAAGCAUCCAUCCUGAACAAUCUCCACAAUCCCCAUUUUGACCAGGUUGUCAUCAUCCUUGAUGGGUCCACUUCCGAUGCCAACUGCCGUCAUUUCAAACAGAGAAUGACCCAGGUGGAAGCUGAAUUCAACGAAUAUGCAGAAUACAUCGGGAACAAUGCAACAGACACAGAAGACUACACAAACAGGAAAAGACCCGUUCUGGAUUGUCGCAACCGCAAAGGAGGGCAGCCUUCCUACUACGAAAUGCUCAUGUAUGCUACCAACCCAGAUCUUGUCACCAGUGACAUUGUUGUCAUGUCAAAUGCUGACCAAGCAUUUGACAGAUCUGUCCAGUGGGCCAAAGAAAUAAAGGAUAACACUGUGUUGGCAAUUCCAACCUGGGGAUUCAGACCGGAUAGAGUGCCGUUUCCUACAAGGGAAUACUUCAGCUUUGUCCAUGGAGAAGACUCCAAAGAAUACCAGACUGAGGUUUAUUCUAGAUGCAAUCUUUAUGAGAGCUCCUGGGAUGCAUAUGUCUUUCACAGGCAUCUGGUGGCAGGCACACUGAAAGUCGGGAACUUCCAGCGCCCUACAUCCAAGGGGAUGACCAACACUUCUAAUGAAGUUAAGGAAGUAGCCUUCUUCAAAAUGAACGAAGUUGGAGCUGAAAAUGCUGCACUUUGGGCUCUCAUGGAACAGCUUCCGGACGCUGUUGAUGUCAAUGGAUGCACCGUCAUCCAGAGUUGGCACUUCCAUGGAGCACCAAAGAUGCAUGCUCAUGAGGAAGAAGACGAUUACUGGUACUGGCUAGGCAAGAAUUUCUCUAGUGGUAGGGUUCCGCGUCCGCAUCGUGGACCCAAUCAAGACAAUGUUACAGACAGCUUCUGGGUCGAACCUCCGCAAUUGGAAAAAGACCAAAUCCCGAUCAUAACGACCCAUGCCCAACUUCGGAAUUUUCUUUGGAAGAAUAACGCGGAGACGCUAACAGAACUGAAGAGGUGGAUGCAACAGCCGAAGGAGAGGAUGGACAAGCUUGGUGGGAAAAAGAAGAGGCAUAUUGAGUCUCUGAAAAGGGAGGCGCAGCAGCUGGUGGAAGAAGCAGUACAACUACAUGGUCUCAGUGACUUCAAUGUCACGAUAUUGUUGGGCCCCCGCCGUGAAAAAAAGAAGGCAACAGAACCUUCGCAAACGGAACCCCCCGAAGACGAAAGACUGACUGAGGCAGGGUUGAAGAAUCUCAAGUCGUUGUACCGAGCGUAUGACCGCACAGAAACGAAGUAAACAUGCCAGAGCAUUCGCUUUUCUUCAACAGGAAGCUGUUGGGGGUGAAACCGUACAUGUACCAGCUACUACAUCAUUAGAACCCUUAUAAGAGAUACAAAGAUUUUUCAGCGACAUUCUAAAGUUAGUAGCAACGAAGCAACAGCUCUUUUCCCUUCAGUGGUGGCAGCAACCGAGGCACCACCAGGGCACAGGCGCUCUGGAUCUCCCCUUUCGCCAAACACAGCACAUGAUCCGUACCCAGCGAAUGCUAUCCCGAUAACUCUCCUGGUAAAAAGUAGUAAUUCAAAAAAAGCCAGCUAUCGAUAGCAGUACAACGACGAUUUGCCUACUCGUGACAUGGAGUCAGGUACACACCGUUGCAAUGAGCGUCAGUGAAGGUCAGGAUCUGAAAAUAGGGAUUGCACUCGGCGAUCUUCUUCAACCAUUCAUGACACGCCCCACAUGGCCGCAAGGGGUUGAUGUCAUCCGCAUUCGAUCGGACCAGCACGGUUUUCCGAUUGUCCUUUGCGCCGGCAGAAGCCAACGACGAGGCAUGCCUCGACGGGCUAAUCCCCGACGGGGAUUGUUUAAUCAUGUCGACCAGCGAAUUGGAUGAUUCUGUUUUGAACAGAGAGAUCUGUUGAAGAGGUGUACUUGGCUCUUCUUCCUCCUCGUUCUGCUGCACCUGACUUUUAGUGUCGACGCCCAUUUCGAUCUUAAUCGCUUCCUCCCCACCGUGCGCUGCGUUCUUUCCCAACGGAGCCGACCCGCUACCACUCAGCGCCCAGUCCUCUUCUCGUUCAUCAAAGGAUUGUCGUCUCAUUUGCCCACCCGUCAUGGUAGUCGUCGCGCCGUUGGUGGCAUCCAACGAAUUGUGCCGUGAGCUCCGCGCACUACCACAAACCAUUGCAGCCGCCGCUUCGGAAAUGCUGGAAUUUCCUCCUCCUCCAACAACAGACGACGCAGCCCGUGCCGUUCGUGACGACGCUUUGGGUUGGGGUACCGCCAAUACGGCAAUGCACUUCAAGUCUUCUCGUUUGAGUUUGGGAUUACUUGCGAGAGCCGUGCCAAUGACGUUGCGUUCCGCACACAACGAGCCCGUGGGCAUGCUUACUUCCAUGUUGGUACCUCGAUACAAAACCGGAGGUCCAUCUGCCGUUUGCACCAACAACACGGCCAGAACUGGUUUGUGUGUUUUGCGCAACCAAAAGGAAUGAAUAUCAUUGGACGACUCAUUCAUCAAUAACGUUUCUGUCAUUUCUUCGCGGAAUGCCUUCAUUUCUUGAACGACUUGGGCUAGUAAUCCCUCGCGAAUAUCGGUCGACUCCAAUGCCGGACUGGUUUCCAUUUCUUCAAAACUGUGCACUUCGGCGUCAUCGUCCACAAUCUUUCGCUCGUGCCAGAACGUCUUGAGCUGCCAUAUAUG